CUUUGUUUUUGUUUCGUUAUAUAACAAACGAUUGCUUAACGUUUAUAGGUUGUGGAAUUAUGGCUGAUGCUGGCGAGUCAUCUCGUGUGAUUUUGAUCCCGAUUGAUGGCAGUGAUCAUUGUGAUCGAGCAUUUCGUUGGUACUUGGAAAAUAUGAAACGUGACACUGACUGCAUAACAUUUGUACACGUAAUAGAGCCAGUUUAUAACACUCCAGCCAUUGGAAUGACAAUGGAAUCUCCUCCAAUACCUGACAUGACACGAGUUAUGGAAGAAAGCAUUGAACAAGGCAAAAAGCUUGGUCAGAAAUAUAUGCACGAAGCUAAAAGUCACAAGCUCAAUGCUAAGGCGUUUUUACAUGUUGAUACCAAACCUGGUAGCUCUCUGGUAAAAGCAAUUUCAGACCAUAAGGCAAACGUUAUUCUGAUGGGCAAUCGUGGUCUUGGAGCUAUUCGUCGUACAUUCUUGGGGAGUGUUAGCGAUUAUGUUCUUCACCACGCUCAUAUUCCUGUAGUUAUCGUCCCACCUCAAGAGAAGCAGUAACUUUUUCUUCAAUUAUAAUAUCCAUUCUCCAUUUAAGAGUUAGAAAUUAUUACUUUGUGUAAGUUACUGUUAAAUCAUUUUGAUACAAAAUCUAUCUUAUUUAAUCAUCCAAUAUUUGUUUUUGUCCUGUUCUCAGAAUAUAAUCAUAUUUAUGU